UGUUUGUUAAUAAAUUCAAUUUUGUGCCAGUGAGUGACAGUGCCAGCUAGAGGAGAGGAAGAAGAACACAGUAACAAGUGAUAACACAUUAUAACCUGGUGCUUCUUCAUAAUGUCAGACUAUGCUGUUGAGAUAUCACAACACUCUAGAGUCAUAAUCCUUCAGGGGACUCUAAAGAAAGCUCCACAACUCAACAAAAGAGGAAGAAAAAAAUGGAAGGACAGGUACAUUGUUCUACGUGCUUGCAAGACUCUUGAAUGCUUCAAGUCAAAAAAAGCUCUGGAAUCAUCAAAAUCUCCACGAAAAGUCAUUGACAUACGCGAGUGCAUUAACCUUGAGGUGGGACUGGAGUACAAGGAGCUCCAGCACAUAUUCAGUCUUGGGACUUUCAAGAGAGCUUUCUUCUUUGCAGCCCCUAGUGAUGCCCUUAUGCUCCAGUGGGUGGAUAACAUUGAGAAAGUAAAGAAUGCCAUUGAAGGUGACAGGAUCAGGAUACUUGAUAUUGGUCUAAGAAAGAGCCCAAUGCGUACUUUGGGUAGCUUGUGCACUAGCACGUCAAUGUCAAAGAUGUAUUCAUCCAACAUGACCAUCAGUCAAAUGGGCUCCGUAUCGAAUAUUAGUCAUGAUGUUACGUCUGAUAAUGAGCACUCGCCAUCGCAUACUUCGACCAUUGAUAGCAGAUACACUUCGUCAUCAUCAUCUCCCCGUCAUCACUCCAGCACUUUUCAUAAUACUCACACUCCUCCUGGCAGUAACUCUCCUCAGCACAGACCACACCAGAAAAGCGUCAGUCCACCUCACAAAAGAGGACACUAUUACGUUAACGUCUCACCACGCCCACCUUUAUCACCUACUGAGACUCCGCCCAGUUUGUCGCCAAAUAGAACCCCAGAAAAAACUUCUGUUGGAGUUAAGAAGCCUUUACCAUCCGGGGUGAGUGGGCAUCAUCCGUACAGCAAGAUACAGCAACAUUCACCAAAACAUGUAGUCACGGGGAAGAUCCCUCCGCCAAAAAUAGCAUCCUCGAAAACUCAAGCAGAGAAGGUUGAUUCCACCAACCCAUUUAGUGCUAUGAUUAGUCAUCAAUCACAAAAAGUUGAAGACUCGUCUUUCCAGAGACACGUCGAUAAAGGAGAAAGCGGAGGAGGAAGUCUUCAUGGCAUGCGUCGCUCUUUUCGCUAUCGACAGAUAACGCUUAAAAAAGAGAAGGCAAUAUUCAGUGAGGUAUAUGAAGAAGGGGAGGAGGAGGAGGAGGAAGAGGAGGAGUACAGCAGUGAUGAGACUGACAGGGAACAAAGCACAGAGAGAGGGAUAGAAGAGACGACCGAACCCUCUCUGUACAAGAAGAAAAAGUUGGCUAAAUCCAGUCCUAAUUUAAGCGAGAUUGGGAGGUCUAAAGGACCCAGGAAGAGAAUCAACACUGGAACUGGACGACACAAAAUUGCCGGAGCCUCUACUAUAGAUAACAAUAAUGAGGAGUCAUUCUUUUCCCCAACCUCUUAUCAACCGGCUUGCAGUUAUUCAAAAGUCACUGUUGUUGGGGUUAAGGUUUCAAACUGUCCAAUGAAUGAGCUACUCCCUCCACCACCACUGCAGCUAAAGGAGCAGAGAAAGAGUGGGUCUCUUCGUAAUUCAAUCAGUGAUGGUGCACUCUGUCCUUCUCCCUUACCACCCGACACUUUGUGUCAAUUUGGUGACGAUGAAGAUGAUAUUGUCCUACCAAACAGGUUUUCAAAUGAACACAGUUUUGAUGUCUCCAGUGUCAAUUCCCUUGAUGCUAUUGUUGUUGCCCCACCAUUAAUGUUCAAUGACGAAGAACAAAAGAAUGACAAAGUGAAAGGGAUUUCAUUAGAGCCUGAUGAAAUAACAGUGAGACUUAAAAAAGACAAAGAAACUGAAGAAGAGGAAGAAGAAGAUGAAGUUAGCAGGCGAAGCACAGAGUCCAGUGACACUGGCUACACAAGCAGUCCAAGCUACAACAAGAAAAAUACUGAGACUAGAGGUAGUGAGAGCUGGUCUUCAGAUGUGCCACCAUUGCCACGUUCGGCAGAAAGAACUUGCAUACCUCUUGUAUUCUAUACGAGGAAUGUUUGGAAACCAAGCGGUAAGGGGAAAGACCUUAUUGGUAUCCAAGUUUGCCUUGUGGAAGAGCAUUGUCAAGGACUGAUUAAUGACUUGCUGGCAUUAAAAGAGUUGGAAGGCUAUUAUCAGGUUGAAAGUGAAGUUGAGCAAGGGCCCAACUCGGUCACAACUCCAACCAGUGAUGUAAUGACUGUUGAAACAUCAUUGGAGGAUCUUGAGUUUGGUUUCAAAGUCAUCAAGAGCACGCAAAAGGACAUGUUCAAGAAGAAAGUGAAGGCGUUUGAUUUUGAAGUAAAGAACUUAUUCAACGAAAGUAAAAAGCCUUUCUCGUGCGAGGUUCAAAUUAAAUGUUUGAAUGAGAUUGUGACAAUACCCAUUGAGUUUGAUUAAUAUACUCCUAGCUCUACAUGUAUGUGUCAUUAUUAUUGUAAAUAAACUAUUAUUAUUAUUAUUAUUAUUAUUA